AAAAGAAAAUUAGUCGAUUUUAGCGAAAUUAACCCCAUGAAGAAACAGUGUAUAAUUUAAGAUAAAAGCUUUGAAAUCUCCACCGUUCACACCUGUGCUAAUACCCCGGUCUUAUGUUAGUAACUUUGGUGGUUCCGUUAGCUAAGCAUUAGCUAGCGGUGCGUGAACUGUGUAUUAGUCACCCACGCAGAACGUGACAUUUCCCCGUUAUUCUGAAAGCGGCACAUGUGGAUUUUGGUGACUCCAGGGGGCGUGCCGUGGCUGCAGCCGUGACCCUGUGGUGGGUGAUGUAGACUGCUUCGCCUGGAAAGUAAACACACCAUUCCGUCAAGAUGGCCCCCGCGCUGCGAGUGGUCCUGCUGGUGUCAUUUUCAGUGUUUCUGACUGUGCUCCUGGGCUUCGGACUGCCUGCUCUCCUCAAUGCAUCCAUGAGGCUUUUGGGAUUACCGGAGACCAGUGUCACCGAGUGUAUCGUUGUGAUGUAUUUAUUUUUUGUAUUGUAUGUUGCGACGCCUCGGAUUCCCAGAGGAUUGGUGGAGGUGAAGGGGAAAGCAGUGUUUGUUACAGGUUGCGACAGUGGGUUUGGAAAUGCACUUGCCAAACAUCUGCACAAGCUCGGCUUCACUGUCUUCGCUGGAUGUUUUCUGAAGGAUAAAGGAGGAGAAGGUGCGAAGGAGCUGGAAGAGUUCCACUCAGAUCGAAUGAAGGUGGUUCAGCUGGACGUGUGCAGCGAAGAGCAGGUGAAGGAAGCGGUGGAAUAUAUCAAAGACAACCUGGAGGACUCGGAAAGAGGUCUGUGGGCUGUGGUGAACAACGCUGGAGUGUCAACGUUCGGAGAAGUAGAGUUCACGUCCAUGGACACCUACAAGCAGGUGUCAGAGGUCAACCUGUGGGGAACCAUCAGGGUCACCAAAGCUGUUCUGCCCUUGAUCCGCAGGGCUAAAGGUCGUGUUGUGAACCUGGCCAGCAUGUACGGGCGGAUGGGAAACGUCAUGCGAUCUCCGUACUGCGUAUCCAAAUACGGCGUGGAAGCGUUUUCCGAUUGCCUCCGCUACGAGAUGAAAACCUGGGGAGUGAAAGUGUCUGUAGUCGAACCGGGGAACUUCAUCGUGGCCACCGGCAUCCUGACCCGAGACAUUGUCGCCUCCACGGCCAACAAGCUGUGGAACGAGGCCCCCUCAGACGUCAAGGAGGAUUAUGGGAAAGCCCACUUCGAGCACCUCAUGGCUCUGAUGCGCUCCUAUUGCAACAGCGGACAGAAGGAAGUGACCCCAGUUUUGGAUGACAUCACCGACGCCAUCAUGUCGAAGCGGCCUUACACGCGGUACAACCCCAUGGAGCCCCACUGGUGGAUCAGGGUCCAGCUGAUGACCCAUCUGCCCGGCGCCAUAUCUGACUUUCUCUAUUUCUAGGAGGAGCCGUUUCCAUGUGACGCUGCUCAGAUCACAGACAGCAGCGUAUUUUCAACUAGUGCUACACCGAUCUACAGACUCGACCCUCCAGGGGGGGUCUCUGCUACAUAUUCCUCAGCACUUGAAAUCAUUCACUGAUCAAGCCUUAAAAAAACAUAAUGGUUUUUUUAAACUGUAAGUAAAUUAUUGCACUUUGCUUUUUGUAUGUGAUAACUUUUUAUCUAUACAGACAUAUUCCGUGAUAAGUAGUAACUACUUUGUGUUGAAUAUCAGCAGCAGGGCUAUGACACACACGUAGCUAUAAACCUUGCAUCAUUAUUGCUUGUUGUGGUGUAUUCUAAAAAAAAAAAAAAAAGAUUAUAUUUUUCCCCUUAUUUUAUCUUUGUGAGACCUUAUGUGAUUGGUUUUUUUGUUUAAUAUUUGCCUUAUGGGAAUUUUCUGGGCCCCUACUGGCACAAAGACCAAAGCUGGUUAAGCUCAAGAGACGGCUCCUGCUGUUCUGUUGUGGCCGACGCCGGAACAAACCGAGGUCAGCUACUGUAUGACCAUGGUGAGAUUUGGCUCAGAUCGCAGUGAACUUACGUAACAACAAUACAAACCCACUUUGUCUCACAUGCACCAUGUGAUCCUUAUGUGCUACUUCAACACUGAGGUUGAUUGAUGUGAUUAAUGGGCAUGCUUUAACAAAAAAUUUCUCCAUGUCUUUUUUUUUUUUUGCUGAGCAUUUUGUAUAUGCACUGUUGUGAAUGAAUAGAGCCAUGCUAUAUUUUGACAGUAGUCCAAUUGCAGUCAUUUUUUUCAAGAAUGAAUUAAAAUAAAAUGAUUAAAAUGUGCUGUA